CAUAAUGUCUUUCGGCGAGUUCUGGUUCGGAACGGCCGAUGUUCUCUUACCCAUGGAACGCGUGAUCGGUGUUGCCGAAGGAGUGGCACUAUACGAGGAGAAACAGAUAAUUUUCGAGAAAGGCCAACUGAAGCUCACCAACCAAAGACUCAUCUUCGUCGGUGCUCAAGUAUAUUUCAUGAAUCUCGACCGGAUCUUGAAAGUCUCCUUCGAUGCGGGGUCGUGGACGAAAAGUGAGAAAAUCCUCGUUGCUGUCAGCUCCGAUUUGACGUUCCGACUCUCAUUCCGCGCGGGAGGCUGUAAAGAAGUGCUGACCAAACUAGAAGCCGCUCUCAGAGCUAAAGAAUGGUGCUACGGAGUUGCUCGGAAAGGCUACGGUAUCGGAGUCGGUGGCAUACAGAAAAAACUUCAGAUGCAAGCGCAACAAACCGAGCUCCAUAUAUCAUCGGCGUUCGAAGACCUCUCGAACCUAAUGGCCUCGGCGAAAGAGAUGGUCGAGCUUUCUCAGAGACUCAUGUUGAAAUCUAAAGACAAGGGCCUGACCGAUGACGAGACAGCUCAGUUUCGAAGUCAGCUCCUAUCGAUCGGUCUGCAGAAUUCUGAGGGGCCGGCGAACCCUUCGGACAAUCAGCUCCAGCAGGAAAUCGGUCGAGUACUCCUCCCAGCUGUCGAAGCCUCAUCGGGCAUCAUCUCUCUGACUGAGGCAUAUUGUCGAGUGAACAGAGCUCGCGGUUUGAAGCUCUUGUCGCCGGAGGAUUUGCUGGCGGCGCUAGAAGGCAUGCGACACCCAGUGAAAUUGUACACGUUCGCCUCCGGCUUACGGGUUGUACAAUUAUCGAGUCUCGACGAAGUCGCCUGGAUGGACAAGAUUGUGAGCUUGCUGGAAGAGACAGGGUGUCUCGGCGCCGAACAGCUCGCGACUCGCUUGAAGACGUCGGCAGUUCUCGCACUCGAGCGACUUCUGCAAGUCGAGGCGGAUUCACGAGCUUGUCGGGACGAAAGCAUCAAUGGAUUAGUAUUCUAUCCGAAUAAGUUCCUCACGGGAGCGAGCUGAGUGAGCGUUGAUGUCUGAAAAACGGUGCUGAUCCGGGAAUGCCAGAACUCACCUUCAUGAGUUUGCUGUGGCAGUAGGACUCGUGAAAGAUCGGAGGCCGCUCUUGUAUAUUGAACUCGUUCCCGGAAAAAUAAAUAGCGAGGAUUUGAG